ACCCCCGGGGAGCCCGCGAGCGGCUCUGGGGGCGGCGCGGCGGGUGAGGAGAAGGCGGCGGGCCCGAGAGCGGCGUCCGAGGGUCUCCUGAGUGCCUGAGCAUGGACCCGGUGGCCACGCACAGCUGCCACCUCCUCCAGCAGCUGCACGAGCAGCGCAUCCAGGGCCUGCUCUGUGACUGCAUGCUGGUGGUGAACGGCGUCUGCUUCAAAGCGCACAAGAAUGUCCUCGCAGCCUUCAGCCAGUACUUCAGGCAUCUUUGUUUUGUCAGGAGCCUCUUCCAGAAUUCUCCCGGCCAGAAGAGCGAUGUUUUUCACUUGGAUAUUAAGAAUGUCAGCGGCAUUGGGCAGAUCCUGGACUUCAUGUACACGUCACACCUGGACCUGAACCAGGACAAUGUGCAGGUGAUGCUGGACACAGCACAGUGUCUGCAAGUGCAGAACGUUCUGAGUCUGUGUCACACGUUCCUAAAAUCAGCCCCUGUGGAGCAGCCACCCAGCGUGCCUGGUGGUAGCGUGUUCUCCCUGCCGGGCACUCCGGCUCCGGACACCAGCUGUGCUCUCAGUGAAAGCUACUCUUCUCACGUACUGCCUGCGUGUUCGGCGGACGUGCAGCACGGUAAGGCCUUGGACGAGUCACACUCUCAGGCUCCACCGUCAGUUCAGCUUCAUCACCCUGCAGGCGAAGCGUCGAAACUAGGCACUGACACUUUAGACAGCAGCUGCACAGAACUGCCGCUCAAACAGCCAAAUUACUACUACAAACUGAGAAACUUGUACAGUAAGCAGUACUAUAAGCAAGCCGCUUGUCCCAGUCACGAGAGAAUAACCGAGCAGCCUUUCACUGUCAGCCCAUCCACAGGCCCGGCUGCCGUGGAAAACCAGCCUUGUGCUGUCAGUCAUUCCGAAUGCGCCCUGCAGUCCGCGGAGCACCUGCCUCCCAACUUCCUGGCCCAGCCUCUGAGUGAACCUGCCCCAGACCCUGAGUCAGACAGCACGUGCCAGCCACCCACCAAACAGAUGAGGCUCAAAAAGGCCAUUCACCUGAAGAAGCUCAAUUUCCUGAAGUCACAGAAGUCUGCAGAGCAAACUGCUGAACCCACAUCAGAUGAGGGUCUAACCCAGAGGCUUGGCCCUGCUAGUGACAACACCACAGAGGAAGCCAGCAGUCAACACACUGGGGAGAAGGAACGUGAAGAACCCGGCAGCUCCGACAGCUUCCACUGCAUUAUCAAAACGGAGAGUCCUGAAGACCUGGAGGCUCCAGAGGACCAGUUCCAGACGCCGCAGUCCCAGUGGCAGUACGCGUGUGACCUGUGUGGGAAGCCUUUCAAACACCCAAGCAACCUGGAGCUUCACAAACGGUCCCAUACAGGUGAGAAACCUUUUGAAUGUAACAUUUGUGGGAAACAUUUCUCUCAGGCCGGUAACUGGCAGACUCACUUGCGUCGGCAUUCUGGUGAAAAACCGUACAUCUGCGAAGUCUGUGGCAAGAGGAAGGCGGGGCAGCUGCCCUCCGUGCCUCGCGCUGCCCAGUGCCGUGAGGUGGACGGGCUCUCAGCUGCGUUUCACAUCCAUUGCAGGUUUGCAGCCUCUGGGGACGUCCAGCGCCACAUUGUCAUUCACUCAGGAGAGAAGCCGCACCUGUGUGACACCUGUGGCCGAGGCUUUAGCAACUUCAGCAACUUGAAGGAGCACAAGAAGACACACACGGCUGACAGAGUGUUCACCUGUGACGAGUGCGGGAAGUCCUUCAACAUGCAGAGGAAGCUGGUGAGGCACCGCGUCCGGCACACGGGGGAGCGGCCCUACAGCUGCACGGCCUGCGGGAAAAGUUUCGGGGGAUCCGGUGACCUCCGCAGGCACCUCCGCACGCACACCGGGGAGAAGCCGUACACGUGUGAGAUCUGUGACAAGUGCUUCACCCGCUCGGCCGUGCUGCGGCGGCACCGGCGGAUGCACUGCCGCGCGGACGAUGGGGGCCAGGACACGCUGCGGGAGCUCGCCCACGCCGUCGAGGCCUCCGACCUGGACAAGGCUCCCAGCUCCGGCUCCUUCUCCCAGGACGUGUCUGUGACUUUGAUGCCCGUGUCUGUGAAGCUCCCCAUCCACCCAGUGGACGAGCCCGUGACAGAAUUUGACGGCCACUCUGCGGGCUCCUUCUGUAAGUUCCGGUCCACGCCUCAGCCACGUGGGGUCGGCAACCUGGAGAAGCUCAGUGCGGAUCCUGGCAAACUCGCCAAGGCCCCCGGGCAGCACACGCAGCCUCAGGCCUUCGCUUAUUCAGCCGCCGACGCCUCCACCAGCAACGGGCCGCUGCCCACGGACAGCAUGGCCAUAGUCCGCCCAUCUCUGGCCACUCUGGACAAUCCCUGCGGCGACCCCCUGGGCAGCUGGGUGUCAGGCGCGGCGUACAGGAACUCAGAAGGGCCCUUCUUUUCCAGCAUGACUCUGUGGGGGCUGGCGAUGAAGACGCUGCAGAACGAGGGCGAGCUGGACCAGUGAUGCCCGCAUGCUGAUGCCGCUACGCCGACCCCAGUGAUACCGAUGCUGUGAUGCCAACACAGCGCUGCUCAGCCGCGGGUGCGUUUUCCAGGAGGCCGAUGUCCAGGAGGCAGCCGUCCCCUGCGACGCCCUCUCGCCAGCCUGACACGUGGGACGGUGGCUGGUAACGGAAAGCCUCCUGAGCUUGGGGUUUGGGAGGACAGGCCCCGGCUCACUGUGGAAGCAGACGCUAGAGUGGGAGCUGGCGUCACAGAAGCCAAGGGCCGGAGAAGCCGUCCACUGACUGGCUGGCAUGAUGGCAUGUGGACUUGGGGGCAACUACUGUACAUUGUGGUUAUGCUAAAGGGAAAACAUAUAUAUACACACAUAUAUAAAAUACAAAUAUUU